UGGGGAAAAAGUUAAAUUUAAUUCGUUGCGACGUGUUGACGGGCCGAACAAAGUUUCUCGCUGCCAGCGGCUAACAAUAAUAGUGGCAACGGGACGUGUUUUUUAAAUUAUAUUUUAAACACUGGUUGCCGCCAAAGCAAUAGAUGUUAGGGAGGGGGAGGGAAUCGACGACGUGUUUGAUAAGCGGGGAGAGUAUUUAAUUUAUUUUUGCUCCCCCACCACAGGCACAAAUCAAUCAGCGGUGAUUGCCACUUUGAGUUUGUGCGUUAGAAAUAUAAAGAAAUGAGUAAAAAGUGCCGUUUCCUUUCUGUUUUCAAUCAAAAGAGGGGGCUUUUUCAAAACGUCUUUCAUUUUCAACGGUUUUUUUUGUUCUGCCGCACCCGUUUGACAGCUGUAGCCAACGAAUCGGGCAUGGGCGCGUGUGUGCUAACCGUGCUUAAUGUGCGUCGCUACGGGUUGCAGCGGGGUGUGAGUGUGUGUUAGUGCAAGGCGACGCGCAGGUCGUAGCGUGCAGUGAUGUUAUUGUUUGUCCCGCGUCCGUACGUGCCGUUUUGGUGGAUCUUUUACCUGGUCGGGUUUUUUUGUUGUACCCUUCGUUUCGAAUAUACCCGUUGCAAUCACGUGAAGCUACCAAGUCUUGCAAACUGCUGUUAAUGCUGUGAGUCACGUUCCUGUAGCAGUACCAUCGCUGGUUUACGUUCCGUUCUCACGGCCGUUAAAUGGUUGCACAAACAUCGUUGGUCUGUUUUUGAACUUCCUGGGCUCCUGCUGGAUGGACCAUGUUUGCGGAGCGUUUGUUAUCGUACAUGUUAACACUCUAAACAGCAACAAAACAUGUAGAGUCGAUUUCGAACCGAGCGACCGAAACCCGACCCUGAGGAGCAGCCAGGCAGGUGUCUUAACACAUUUGCAAACGAAAUGCUACACACCGCUUGAAGGAAGAUAACGAACAUCCGAAGGUCCGCAGACGCAUCUCGCUCGUCACGCGUCACUUGCUGACCAGUUGCUGCUACUCACACACACACACGCUGGAUGUUGUUGGCGAGCGACUUAGUAUAACCGGGAACCGAGCACGAGCUGCAAUGCUUCCAUCGAACGGAUCCGAACCGGCCGGGCCCGUUGGCCAGAAUGAGGCCAAACUGUUGGCGAUCGUAGUGCUCGGGUUCGGCAGCUUCCUGUGCGGCGUGCUGCCGAUCUACAUAUCCCAGCGCAACCGGCAACGCUACCCGGGCACGCUCUCCUUUCUGCUCUGUCUCGGGGCGGGCGUCCUGCUGGCCACCGCCAUCGUGCACAUGCUGCCGGAGAUACGCGAAGCGCUCGGCGAGUACGCGGAGAUUGUGUUUUGCAGUGGCUUUUUCCUCAUGUACGCCAUCGACGAGCUGGUAGAGUUUUGCGGCAUCGCUGGACACGAUCAUGGCGAGGACGGAGAGGGUGAGCGGCGGGCGGAACAGGACGGGCGGUAUGGGGACGACUCGGACGCGGCAAGCACCUCGAGCCGCCGGGAGCGGCGGUACGGUGCGAACGAGGAAACGAAAUCGCUUCUCGGCAGCGGCAAUGACUCCGAAGUGACCGCCUCCCGACGAUCGCUGGAAAGUGUGGUGGGGUUGGGCGGCAAUCUAUCCCGCCGCUCGUCGCUGAAUGGACCGCCGCCCGCGGGAAGAGGACAACGAUCGGCACAAAGUGCUGCCGAGCUGCAGCUGACCGGUGUGUUCGGGCUGCUGCUAGCGCUGUGCAUGCACUCGCUGCUCGAAGGGCUAGCGAUCGGGGUGCAGAACUCGGGGCCGAAGGUGUUGCUGCUGCUCGGCGCCGUCAGUGCGCACAAGUUCGUGGUUGGGUUUGCGCUUGGCGUGCAGCUGGUCGCGAACGGUGCGCGGGAGCGCUGCUCCCACGUGCUGCAGGUGCUAACGUUUUCGCUCGGCUCGGUGGCCGGCAUCGGCAUCGGCAUGGGGCUGGAUGGGCUGAACGAAACGCUUACCACGCUCAUCAUGCCGGUGCUGCAGGGAUUGGCGGGCGGCACGCUGCUGUACGUCACCGUCAGUGAGGUGUUGCCGCGCGAACGGGCGAAACGACGGUGGCACACGCGGGCCAUGGGACCGGGCCAGUUUGGGGCCGUUGUGGUGGGCUUUUCCCUCAUGUCCGCGUUAAGCUUGGUGCUGAGCGAUGAGUAGAGUAGGGCGUCCCUGCUCAUCGUCUGCCCGUUAUCGUAUGAUCAUAGUUCCUGGUGGUGGCAGACACUCUACAAGCUGGGCGAACGAACAAAAUGCGCGACGCUCAGAGUAUAUCUCGGAUCGGUCACCGGCUGUGCCAAAAAUGUUUUAAUACUAGGAUUUUUAUGUUAAAUUUUACAAUCGAAUAGAGAAGUUGAGGCGAUGUAGUUAUAUAGUAGCUGAUGUACAAAUGGAAGGCAAUGGCGUUAGUAUUACCAGAAAGUGUGUAGUUUUGUGAGUUUUUGCAGGGAGGUAGGUAGCAACUUUGGAUAGCUUUUAAUCGUACAAGCAAUAAAAAGAACAAAAGCUGCCAUUUUACACUUUUA